AGCAUCCAGCAAUCACAUUUAUUCGUGAUGAAUUUGUAUCUGUUUAUUUUUGCCAUACUCUUUGUUGGUAUACAUGCAAAAAGUAGUAAAAGCAGUAGUUUUUGUGAAAUAUUUCAACAGUGUCCUUUGGUGGCAUCAAUUCCUGAAAUGAAAACAGAAAUAGAGGGUCUUAAAGCUGAAGUCCAGAAACUGAAAACAUCAAUUGCGUUUUAUGCCUCCAUUAGCAGAAGUAUUCCAAUGAGUCAAUUGCAUACACAUAUGAUAUUGAAGUACGACAGAGUUGAACUUAACCAAGGCAAUGGUUAUAACAAACACUCAGGAAUGUUUACUGCUCCUGUCACUGGCUUGUAUAUGUUCUUUGUAACCAACAACGCAGCCGACUACAGUACAAUAUCUUUCAAAGUGGUGAAAAAUAAUGUUGUCAAAAACCAAGGUAUUUCCGAUGCAAUUGCAACAGGUGCUCGACUUUCUGUCACUUUGGCAACACCUGUACCACUAGUCAGUGGUGAUACUGUUUAUGUCAAAAUCAGUUAUUUGAGAGCUAAACAUGCAUAUGGUUUGACAAGUGACCACCGUCACGAUGAGUGUAGUUUUUCAGGAUAUAAAAUUAACUAAAACAUGAUGUGUGCCAAUACUACUGAAAAAAUCUAUUAAGACCUUGCCUUCCAAAUAUUGUAAAAUACUUUUGUUAUAUAGACUUUUGCAACUCUUUGAAAAUAAAC